AUGAUAUCUGGUAAUAGAAUGGUAAAAAAAAAUCCCAAUUCAAAUAUAGAUCAAAAGCCUGUUAUACAUAAACUUUCAGAUUAUGCUUUUGACCAUAAUUCUGGAGGUAACGCAUACUAAGUUCUUAAACCUAAGAAGCAAAAUUUAAAUAAAGUUGACGAUUCAUUAAAAUCUUCUAAUCCAUAAAUCUAAGAUAGAAGAUAAAACCAUAGAAAUUCUUAAAACACUGAGGGAAUAAAAAAUAUAGAGAAGCCAAAGUUUAUGAGUGUAGCAAGGCAUGGAUUAAAAAUAGGAGGCUUAGUUAUAGGUUAAGAUAAAUGGCAUUGCAAAGUCUGUAAACUAGUAAAUUUAAAUUCUACUUCCCAGUGUUUAAGAUGUUAAUCUGAUAAAGGAGAGCUAAAGUAAAGUAAAAAUACUGAGCAGAAUUUAAACAAAUAAAAAGCAAAUAAAAAUAAUCUUAUAAAUAAACAAAGCAUAAAAAACAAGCCUGUAUGA